UGCUUUCUUUCUGGUGGAGGGGAGGGACAUUGCAAAUCUGCAAUGCUUCUUGUUGCCUGUGAUGACGAUGAUGAACAAACCGCAGAAAAUGGCGGAGCCCCGAUGCUCAGCAACUACAACGCCCUGGCACCAGCGCUCGCCGACACCCCGCACUGGCUCAGCCAGCUCAAACUGUGGCGCCGCAAUGCCGACUACGGAAUCGCCAUCGACUGGAGCUCUGUGCGUUCGACGUGCAAGGAGUGGAUAACCAACCCAAUGAACAUCGCGCUGCUUCUGUGGCUUCUCUGCGUCGGCGCCUCCGGCACCAUGCUCGUGCUCCUCCUCCUCGGCCUGCUCGACGGGGCGUUCUCCACGCCGGCGUCGAGGAACCACUGGAUCGAGAUCAACAACCAGGUGCUCAACGCGCUCUUCACGCUCAUGAGCCUCUACCAGCACCCCGUCCUCUGCCACCACCUCUUCCUGAUCUGCCGCUGGCGCCCCGCCGACGCCUCCGAGCUCCGCGCCGCCUACUGCAAGGACGGCGCCGGCCCGCACCCCCGGGAGCGCGCCCACAUGGCCGUCGUGGUCGCGCUGCUUCACCUCACCGUCGCCUGCCAGUACGUGCUCUGCGGCCUGUACUGGGGAUACACCAAGAAGACGCGGCCGGAGCUCCUGGAGAACGGGUUUUUUGCGCUCGGCGUCGUCGCGCCGGUCGUCGCCGUCGUGUACACCGUGUGCAGCCCGCUCGGGAAAAACAACCUAUGCGACCUCGCGUGCCCCGAGGCCGGCUCGGUGACCCAACACCUCACCGCUACAGGGAACGCGGUGGUCGAGCCGGAGUGGGCCGGCGGCAUGUUCGACUGCGGCGGCGACGCGACGGCAGGGUGUCUCUCCCUCUCGUGCACCUUCUGCGUCUUCGGGUGGAACAUGGAGCGGCUCGGCUUCGGCAGCAUGUUCGUGCACACCGCCACGUUCGUGCUGCUAUGCUUCGCGCCGCUGUGGGUGCUCGGCGUGUCGGCGCUCCACAUCCACGACGUGGUCAUUGGCGACAUGGUCGGCGGCGCCGGGGCGCUGCUCUGCGUGUGCGGGCUGCUCUACCGUGGCUACUGGAGGAUCCAGAUGAGGGAGAGGUUUGGGCUUCCGGCCAGCAGGACGUGCUGCGGCUCGCCGUCGGUGACGGACUACGCUCGGUGGCUAUUCUGCUGGCCGUGCGCGCUGGCGCAGGAGGUGCGCACGGCGAGCCUCUACCACAUCGACGGCGAGACCUUCUACAAGAAGCUCCCUGUUGUUGCUGAUGAUGUUGAACAGGAGAAGAGGCAUCCAUUGUUGGCGUCACACCAUGUUCAAUUCCAUGCACAACCAGAAGCAAUGAUCAUGGCGGCAUCAGACGGAACAGGUGAUCAUGUGGUGAUUGUUCGUGAGGAGAUGGUUCCACCGGCUGUGCAGGUUGUGGUGGAGCAAGUCGUUGAAGCUGAUAAAUCUGACGAAUUCAGUGUCUUUCAUGACGAGAUGAUGGGUUCGCUUCUUGCGGUGACGGAGCAGGAGGAUAGGCUGCCCAGUUUGUCUGAAGGAAGCUGGACAGUGGACAAGGUGAAGAGACUGAUAAAUGUUGUCACUUUGGUUUCCCUGCUCAUUCUUCUCUACACCAGGGGAUUCAUUCGUUAGAGAAGCACUGCAAAUACAUACAAAAGGAUGUAGAUGCCAUAGAUAGAUCACUAAAUUCCUCUUCUUCUUUCUCCAUUUUUUGUCGGUUCUGAUUGAGAGGAAGCUCAUUAUUUGGGUGUACAUAGGGAUACAUACUGGUAUACAGGAUUCAAAGGAUUUGUGUACUUGUAAUACUUUCCCAGAUGCAAUUGCAACAUGGAAAUAGUGAAGUGAAGUGAAGUUCUAAUGCCCCUAUAUCUGCUUGUUUCAGUUUGUUCACUGUAGCUUGUGUUUGAGCAAAACAGCCAAAACUAACUUGCCAUGGUGCUACAAGCAUCUUGUGGUUUCAGUUAGAAUCCAUCUGUAAUGUUCAGUAUGACUUCUGAAGUUUCAGUUUGCAAGU